GGUAAACAUGGCAAAUGCAAGAAACAACAAAAUGUAAAUGUAUAAACGUGUGAAAAAAUAAAUCUUACACUAGUAAACGAGCAAAAUGUUUGUAAAAAAUAAAUGGAAAUUUUAUAUUUCAUCUGUGUCAUCCUGUUGAUUUCGUAUUUAAUUUAUUUAAUACAGCCAUAUUGGAUAUUUAUAUUAUCGUUCGCUGUUGUUUAUACAAUGUACAGUCAAAUAUGUAUGAUAUUUUAAAAUACAGACUUCUAGAUGAGAUUAAAAAAGGCGCAAUAUAAAUUUUCGAUGGUGUGUAUCGGGAGAGCUAAGCCGUAGCUAAAACUGUUUUGAGAAAAUUAUACUUAAUCAGCUUGCUUAUAUCCCCAAGCUAUGUUCUCACGCGAAUCCAAGCGAUCAAAUGAUGCCGAGGGCCAGCAUAGAGUUAAUUGGCGGAUGUUGAUUUAAAUGUUCCAGCACAUAUGGGGUACACAGCAUACACCGUGUUCGGACGUCAAGAAAUAUUCGAAUACAACUUUAAAUAAUUUAUUGAUAAUAAUCGACAUGGCUACAAGUGAGAUUUUUUUGUUGACGGUGCUAUUGUUUAGUUCUGGAAAUGCAAUUGGACCGAAGUUGCGACUAACAGUAUACUAUGAGAGCGAGUGUCCUGAUAGUGAAACAUUUAUACUCAAGCAACUCCAGCCAACAGUGCAACAACUGCAAAACAAUAUUACACUUCAACUUGUGCCAUUCGGCAAGGCAAGGAGUAUAAACUAUGGUAACGACGGCUUCGAAUGCCAACACGGCUCCUCAGAGUGCCUUGGUAAUAUGGUACAGGACUGCGCACUAAGUCGGAUGAAGCAGUACACUGAUGUUAUGAAAGUGGCUUACGUCGCCUGCGAGAUGGAAACCAGGUCGGGGGCUAAAGGAGAUCUGCUUUGUGUCCAAAAUGCAAAACUAUCUCCUAAAGAUGUAGAAGACUGCGUCUUGACAGGUGAAGGAACAAUGCUUCAACUUCACAGUGAAUACCAGACCAGCAAAGUGCGACCCAGCUUCAUACCUACUAUCACUGUUAACGGGGUAUUUGAUCAACACAUUCAAGAUAAUGCCCAAGUGGAUCUUUUUAGUACUCUGUGUUCCAUAUUGAAGGAAGCUGAGCCGUGUGCGAAACACUACAACUCAAUGGCACUUAAUAAUCUAUUAAUAAAUCAACGGUGAAUAUAUCAUUUAAAACGG